AACACAUGAAGAAUCUCAAUUAGACGAAAGUCCCUAAAGUCACGUGAAGAAUUUUUCUUUUUCAAAUUUUCAGUUCAACUGAUUUUCUAUUUCAACUUUUGUUUAUUUUGUGAUUUAUUCUUUGUUAAUUUUUCAUUUAUUUAAAGCUCAUUCCAAAGGUCAAAGAGAGAAAAUGGGCAAGGUUACGAGGCGAAAGGCGCCUGGUGCUGUUAUCAAAAAGGAAGCGAAGGAUAUUGUAGAUGAGCCUGUGGUUAAAAGAAGCAAACGGAACCAUAUUGCUGUGAAAGAUGAAGGUGAUGAAGUUGAUGAAGUAACAACAAAGACACAAAGUAAAGAAAGUUGGAGACCCAAGAAUUGGCCUGAAGCUUACGAGAACGUAAAGAAAAUGAUGGAAGGAGUUGUUGCUCCGGUUGAAUCACUGCCCUGGUUUCAGUCUAAAGAUCCGAAAAAAACUAAACCACUGGAAAGAUUUCGUAUCUUAGUUGCUCUAAUUUUAUCAAGUCGAACCAAAGAUGAACCGCUUCUCAAAGCUUGGAAUGCUCUUUGUGAAGAAGGACUUUCGAUCGACUGGAUCUUGGAGAAAGAUCAGGAUGAAAUCGCAAAUCUUAUCAAAUCUUGCAGUUUCUACAAACAGAAAGCAAAUCACAUCAAACAAACCGCCGCCAUUUUGAAGGAAGAGCACGGCGGAGAUACUCCAGAUACCUUGAAAGAGCUGAGUGACUUACCUGGAGUUGGUAGUAAAACGGCUGUUCUAUUCCUUCAGUGUUGCUAUGGAAAAGUCGAAGGCAUCGGACCCGAUGGAUACAUUGUCCGUGUUGUCAAUCGUUUGUCUUGGGUUCCAAAGCCGGUCAACUGUCAUACAAGAACUCGCACUCAACUGGAAUCUUGGCUUCCAAAGGAAACGAUGCUUGAAUUCAAUCGUCUCAUCUCACGAUUUGGACAAACAAAAUGCAACGAAGACCCGAAGUGCGGUGAAUGUCUAAACAACAAGAUUUGUCAAGGAGCAAGAAAAACCAAAAAGUAAUCGAUCUCCUUAAGCUUUUACAAUUGAUCGAAAACUUAAUGUUCAGUAAAUGUUUAAGCUAAAGUUCAAUUUUUUAUGAUGUUGUAUGAUUCCUGCCAGUUGAUCUCAAUUCAUCCAAACAUCGAUCACCUUGAGCUCUUUUAACUCUCAUUUCUGUUUAAUAAAGACGAUUCAUAAUUGA